AUGGCCAAUCUCAUUGUUGGGACACACUUCAUGAUUCCUUGGUUUGAAAGACUAGUCAUAUAUGAUGUUCGUGCACGACCCCAUCUUGUGGAGAGCACUUCGAGAAGCCGUGACCUCCAGAUGGUAAAUUUUUCUCUGAAUACUGUAAAAGUUGGUCUUAGGGUGCUCACUCGUCCAGUUUCAGACCAACAACCCACAGUUUACCGAAGUCUUGGUGAAAACUACAAUGAAAGGGUCCUACCUUCAGUUAUUCAUGAAACUUUGAAGGCUGUGGUUGCCCAAUACAAUGCUAGCCAGCUCAUCACCCUGAGAGAGAAUGUUAGCAGAGAAAUAAGGAAGAUUUUGACAGAAAGGGCAGCCAACUUCAACAUUGAUCUUGAUGAUGUAUCCAUAACAUGCCUGGCAUUUGGGAAAGAGUUUACUGCUGCAAUUGAAGCAAAACAGGUGGCUGCUCAAGAAGCUGAGAGGGCAAAAUUUGUUGUGGAAAAAGCUGAGCAAGAUAAGAGAAGUGCUGUUAUCAGAGCUCAGGGAGAAGCUAAGAGUGCUCAGCUGAUUGGUCAAGCUAUUGCUAACAAUCCAGCAUUUAUCACUCUUAGGAAGAUCGAAGCAGCCAGAGAAAUCGCCCAGACUAUUUGAUCACAUGCAGCAAACAAGGUGUACUUGAGUGCCAAUGAUCUGUUGCUUAACCUUCAGGACUUCAACUUGGACACUACAAGAAAGUGACUUGGAUAGCGCAACUGAUUGAUGUUUCAACUUUCAAUAUUUUGUUUUCCUGCUAGCCUACCGCCCCUUUCAUGUUUACAUAAUGACGACUCGAUAGAUGGUUUUCUUAGUUAUUUGAACUCUUGAACAUGGAAACAUUGCAUGAGAAACUAUUGUGAAAGUAAAGACCAGUGUCUGAUCUGACAUGACCAAGCUUUAUCAGUUUUAUAAAUGUAUGCAAUUAGUAUAUUGACAAUCAUGUAAGAUCUGUCUGUUUUAAGCCCCUUA